AUGGUGCGCCUUGUCAUCACCCGGGUCACUGAUGCGGACUGGGAUCAGCUUGUAGAGGUUCAAUUUAAAGCCUUUGCUUCCGAACAGUUCUGCCAAUUCGUCAAUGGCAAAGACACUCCUUUGAAUAGGGAGCGGUGCAAAAAGAAAUACACUUGCCAUGAACCUGAAAUAUGGGGUGGUGCGCUUUGGCUGAAAGUCAUUGAUGCAGAUGAGGUCCCAAGCAGCCAUGGCAAAAGCAAUGGCAAUGGGAGCGUAAAUGGGAACGGGAACGGGUGCUCUCCAACCAUCCUUGGGGCCGCGCUCUAUAGGCUUAAUCCAAAUUACUCGGCUGAAGAUUUGAAGCGGACUGACUUGGAACCUGAAAGUUUUAAGUGGCUGGACGACCCGGAGGAACGGAGGAUCGCAGUGACAGUGAUUCACGAUGUGAUGGACAGAAAGCUUAGGUUCAUCAAAGAGCCGCAUAUCCAACUCUCCAUUCUCUUUGUUGCGCCUGACCACCAACAUAAAGGCAUCGGCGGCUCCUUGGUAAACUGGGGAAUUCAGCUUUCUAAGCAAAUGAUGCUUCCGCUUUGGGUUGAGUCGUCGACCACAGCGUAUAAUCUUUAUUUGCGCCGCGGGUUUAAAGACCAAAUCCGCUCAAAGGUCAUUAUAGGGUCCUGGGACAUCGAAUAUUCAAUUUUGAAAUGGGAGCCUGAACAAAAGCACCAGGCAGUCAAGGGUAAAUGA